AUGACGAGUAUCCUCGCGAACCAUCCUCCGACAAGUUUGCUGGCAGCCGGCGACAGAUUCGGUCACCAUCUUCACAAAGGAACCGAUUGCAGGAUUCUCUGUUUUGUCUGCUCGAACUCGGAUCAUCUUAUUCGUUCCCGCGUUGUAAGGCGGAGGCCCUUUGACGAUUCCCGUUCGGUGGUUUUAUCUGCUAAAUUGGAUGGGGUUCGAGGAGAUGAUGAUGACUCGGAGGAUGAUUUUGGAGAAAGCGGAAGCGGCCCAGUUAGCAGUGACAUGAUUAGGGAAAAGCUUGAAAAAAUUGUUGGGACGGAUGACUCCAGUUUCAGUGGGUUAGAUCUUGCAACUCUUAUACGGAAUAAAUAUGGGAGGUCAUAUGAUGUUCAAUUAAUCAAGAAGGAGUUCAUGGGCAGAAAUCUGCUUGCAAUGAAUGUCAUGUGGAAGUAUAUGGAGCAGAGAUCUUUCCCACUGACUGAAGAAGAAUAUAUCUCGAGGCUUGAUGAUGUGGCAAAUGCUUUGAAAUGUUGGGGAGCUGUCUCACAUGUAAGGAGCACUCUUGAAAAGUCAAAAGAACGACCUCGGAUUGGAAAGGCAGUAAGCAUAUUUAUAGAUAUGGAUGAGUCUGGUGGACGCGCAAAGGAGUGGAUAUACAAGUAA